AACGUCUCGGCAGCAGCCAUUGUUUGGCAAGAGCUUUGGAAUCAAACAACCUCCUUCUCCCUUUGGAAACAUCAAUUGUUUUCCGGACGGCAUAUCCGACUGGAAAGACGCAUAAUGUCUGCUUCCUUGAGAUUCACCCGAAGGGUGUGGAAAUCAUUUAUAGACAACAAAGGGCAUGAUGCACAGUGUUUUCCCAACCUUCCCGGAACAGUUGAUUUCUCGCUGAAGAUAGAUCAAUUUAACUGUACGUACUUUUCUCUCCUGUUCAAAGGUCAUUACAUGACUGGCGUUUCGACCGAUAUUGGUGCAUCCUUUGUACGACCUGCAGGCAGGACAGGCGAUACCCUUCAUGCACGAGCCACACUUACUGCCAUAGGGAAAUCCUUGGCCUAUACUCGCGUGGAUUUUACCAAUUCUACAGGCGAUUUAGUGGCGUAUGGCUAUCACACGAAAUAUAUUGGGAAAUCAUCGUCUGACCCUAAUAACGUGAAGUUUUCGGAAGAUGGCGAGCAGGUAAUAGAAGGGAACGACGUCGACUGAUACAGUUUUUAUUUUUGCUGUGAUCUACCAAACACGUGUCAAGUUUUAGAAAUAACAACAUUCACUUCGUACAAAUGAU